CACCUUCCUUCUUCAGAUCUUGCCCUCUACUCCCCUGUACAAAGAAAGCAGGCCAUCAACGCCGGCAAUCGACGCCGCCCGUCAAAUCCGGCCAUCCGCCAACUCCGGCCAUCGUUGUCGUCCGCCAACUCUAGCUCCAACGGGGCGAAUUAGUAUCUUCCCCGCACGAAGAUACACAAACCACGCUCGAAUUAGCGUCCUCCGUCUGUGCCUCUUCUGCUCUAGCGAUGUCCCUCUUGGAAACCAGUAUGUUGAGCCGCGGGUGGGGAGCCUCCGUCUGUGCCUCUUCUGCUUCACCCACAUCAGGAACUCCACUUACCCCAACCCACUGGAAUCAUCCAUUAAUGAAGAUGGAAACCCCACUUUGCAGGCUGUUGGUGUGGUGUGAGAACGAUGCGGCUAAGAGAGAAGGCGAGCUGGAUAUUUAGCUGACUGUUGUGUUCAUUUGGGGAAUUUAGAAGUUGCAACAACAUGCUUGUCCACUGUAGCCAUCAAGCUCCAGAAGUUGCAGCAUCUAUAUAUCUUCGUGGACAAGUGAAAGAAGUUGCUCCGUUGGUUGUAAUUUCCGUGUAUUCCAUUGUGAUAAUAGCUAGUAUUUGAAGUGGAUGGAAUGAACGUUUGAUUCAACUGCAACUUUGAGAUGUUUGGUAGUAGUUGCUUGGUUGUAGUUGUUGUGGUCAUAUGUAGUGGCAUUCAUACGUUUGAAACAAAAUGUGUAUGAUAUAAGUGUGGAACACAUUAAUGCAGAAAGCAAUGUUUCAUGGCUCAAACGAAGAGAAGUGUUUGUUUCAUGGCUCCUAAAACAUAUUGUGAAGCUAGUAAAAAACCAGGCUGCUUGCAGUUUCAUAGAUCAAACCAGCCUUUUGCAGUUGUUCAAUUGGAUAUUCCUACUGCAGUAACCUGCUGCAGUAUACAAAAUGUUGUUUCAUAAUUCCAAAAUAAGCUAGAAAAGGUAGU